AUGGCGACCUCUACUCAGUACCUGCUUAAGGCGAAUGAUGUACGGGCAUCACCGGAACAUUUAAGACUCGUAGACGAUGUAUUUUCUAACAGCAGUUAUAAUAAACUUGUACGUCCAGUCCUUGAAGAAUCGUCGAAUAUAACAAUAUCGUUUGAACUUUACCUGAGUCAGAUUAAUGAUAUGAGAUGGCAUGACGAUUAUCUAAUGUGGAACGCUAGUAAAUAUAAUAAUCUUGACAAGUUAAGAGUGCCAUCAUCAAUGGUGUGGUUGCCUGAUACUGUGCUCUAUAAUACGGCUAAACAGGACAAUGAGAAUUUUAUGUUGGACGUAAAGACUACUAUGAUAAUUGAUUCAGAAGGAAGCGUUGAUUGGAGUGCCUUGGUUAUUCUGAAGACUUUUUGCCCUGUGAAUAUCUUUUAUUUCCCAUUUGAUACGCAGAAGUGUGAAAUGAAGUUCGGUUCGUGGCAGUAUGAUGCCAGUUUCAUCGAUUAUACUAGAGGACCGGCAGAUGCUAGUAAUUAUGUACAUAAUGGAGAGUGGGACACUGUUGGAAUAACAGUCAUUCGUAAUCCGGGCAUCUAUUCAUGUUGUCCGGGUCGAGAAUACCCGGAUGUAACGUUCACCAUCACCAUUCGCCGAAAGCCGUUAUUUUACGUUUUCAAUUUGAUAGUCCCCUGUUUUCUUAUAUCUGGUAUGUCUAUGCUCGGGUUCAUUCUUCCGUGUGAAUCCGGAGAAAAGGUCUCACUUGGUAUCACAGUGUUACUCUCUCUUACCGUCUUCUUGCUUGUUGUUGCCGAAACCAUGCCGGCGACCUCCGACACGAUUCCAUUAAUAGGUCGAUAUUAUAUAUUUACUAUUGUAUUGGUAGCAGCGUCGACGACAAUGACAGUUGUUGUUCUAAAUCUCCACCACCGUCACAAUCAACUCCCACGAUGGGUUCGAUUUAUUUACUUCAAAGUAUUGGCUCGCCUACUACUGGUUCAGUUGCCGAGUUUUAUUGCCAACAAGGACGAUUGUCGUAAUUGUGUCAUCUCCAAUUCUGGCAGCGUUAAAGAAGAGGAAGUAAAAAUAAUAAAAGCUAGCCCUGACAGGAAAAAGAACACAAACGAUCACUCUAAAAAGAACAUGACUUUUAAGGAUAAGGUAUUGCUAGAUAUAUUAAAAUAUGUCAAGACGAUUUCAAUGAGACACGAAGGAAAGGACAAACAUACGAAGGUGAUCAUUGAAUGGCACAUGGUUGCCAAGAUUACUGAUCGGUUAUUUUUUAUUAUUUACGUGUUGUCCGCUGUAUUGAUAAACGUCAUUAUUGCUGUACAAGCCAUGGAGCACAUUUAA